UAUGUUGCCAAGGGGCUUAAACAUUUAUUAUGUAAGCAGUUAGAACUUAGCAGGAGUUUGAAAAAAGCUUUGGCUCUUGCAGCGUUGGAAUUAUUCAUGAUCACAUAUAGACUGCACUUGCUAAUCGUGAUGUUGGGAUGUGUGAGUGUACAUAGCGCAUGCACAAACUGAUGAAACAAUAAUCAUUCUUCACUGCACUAGUCGCCAUCAUAAGCUGUCACUACCAUCACCAUAAGGUGUUGGGGCAGUUUCAUUAUCAACAGACGGCUAGUGACCAUGUCAUGAAGUCAGACCAAGAAUGUCAGCAGGUGAUCAAACAGAAGAGAAGAGACCACUUCUUGGUCACAAUGAAAAUUCUGACAAGGGUAGACCCAAGCAAGUGUCUGUAGAAACAGAAAGUGUGAAUGAAAAGGCAACUGUGACCUUGGAAAUACAUUGUGUUUACCAACCAAAGCCAUUAUCCCAUUUUAGUCCUAGGAAACUAAUUGUGAUCAUGUGCAUUCUGAUGACUGAGAUGUGUGAACGUCUGACAUACUACAGUGUUGUUGCCAACCUGGUCCUCUUCUGCACUAGCACUCUAAAAUACAGCAGCAACGAUGCCACCACAAUCAGCCUUGUAUUCUCAGGGACAGUGUAUCUCAUACCAAUAGUGGGAGGAUAUAUUGCUGAUGCAAAAGCUGGAAUGUUCAACACAAUUUAUGCAUCAGCACUGAUCUACAUGCUGGGGUUGUUUUUGCUUCCAGCGUCAGCAAUUGACUACAAAGACUUUUUUAAUGGGGAUGAAUAUGAUUUAAGUGUGGACAAUCGCAGGGCAUUUUUUUUGCUAGGCCUGGUAUUUGUGGCUAUUGACGGGGGCAUUAAGGCCAAUGUGGGACCCUUUGGGGCACAACAAGUGCAGGACAUUGGACCUGCAGCUGUACAAACAUUUUUCAACUGGUACUACUGGUUUGUAAAUGCAGGAGCACUUAUCGCCUUCUCAGGUGUCGCAGCAGUCCAACAGAAUGUAAGCUUUUCUUGGGGAUUUUUCAUCCCAUUUGUCAGCAUGAUAUUGGCCAUUGUGUUUCUACAGCUUGCUAGGCGCCACUACAUCCAUAAAAAAUUGACAGGAAGCAUGUUAGGAGACUCUUUCCUGGUCUGCUAUCAAGGCUGCUGCUCACAAAGAGGCAGCAAACAUCAACAGACCCAUGGGUUUUUUGACAUGGCACGUCUCCAGCAUGGAGGGUCAUAUGACGAUAAAAUUGUUGAUGGUGUGAUUGCGGUUCUUAAGGUCCUGCCAAUAUUCUUCUUUGUGAUUAUGUAUUGGGCCAUCUAUUCACAAAUGCAGACAACAUUUUUCCUGCAAGGGGAACGCAUGGACCUGAGUGUUGGUGCAGGAAUGGUACCUGUGGCUAUGCUCAACGUAUUCAACACAAUUGCUAUCAUGCUUCAUCCUGUCCUGGACAGGGUGCUCUACCCCUUCAUGGAGAGCCUGGGCCGCCCACUUUCACAUCUACAUAGAAUAGGCAUAGGUCUGGUGCUGGCGGCAAGCUCAAUGAUUGUGGCAGGAGUUCUGGAGAUUGAGAGGAAAAAGCAGCUGGGAUUUCAACAAGUAGUUGGAAGUGAGACAUUCAAUGCCUCUUAUAUCAGCGUCUUUGCUCAGAUCCCCCAGUUUGCCCUUGUGGGUGCGAGCGAAGCCUUUGCUAGCAUCUCAGGUUUAGAAUUUGCCUACACACAGUCCCCGGUGAAUAUGCAAGGAGUUAUGAUGGGUGUUUUCAUGGCCACAAGUGGACUAGGCAACUACUUUUCUACAGCCAUACUCAAAAUAGUAGAAGAAGCUACAGUAGAUGAUCCAUGGUUCCCUGAUGAAAUGAAUCAUGGACAUGCUGAGUACCUAUUUUUCCUGCUGGCUGGCCUUAUGGGAGUGUUUUUUCUGGGAUUCCUAGUGGCAGCCAAACUGUAUAAGUACAAACCACAUGAACAAGGCACAGACACAGAAAUAGUACCCAGAAAAAAUGAUUGUGCUUCUCCAGAUAGUGUUGAAAGCCACUUGUCCAGCCAGGAAAAUACAGCAACACAGUUUUGAUAAUUGUGCUGAUAUUAGAGUCCGUAAGAAUCAGUCCAAUACUAAUGGGAUUCUUGCACUCCAUCAUAGUGUGUUCAUAACUUAUCUAUGUGAUUCCAUAUUUCAUGAAUGUAUUUUGUUAUAUACAAUGAUGACAUCAUAUUUUUAUUUAAAAAAUUGUCAAAGGCUCUGCUGGCAAAAGUACUCCUCCAAAACUUAUAUUCUUUUCCUUUGAUGCUAAAAGCCACUUUUGUCUGUUGUGCAUAAACUGUUCUGCAAUAUAAAGAUGCAGUCAUAUAGUGAACUGCAGGAGGGAAGCAGCAGUGUACCUGCUUGCUGUAAAAGUUCCUGUCACAUCUAAUAUAUUCACUAUCUGAAGAUGCUAAUCAUUAUAAGCCAUUGAGAAGUAAUCUUAACUUACUUAAAAGUUCCACAAUAUAAUCAAUAGCAUAUGAACCUGAUCCCUUGAUGUGAGGCAGCAAUGUACUUUUUGUAGCACAAGGGGAAGAAACCGUGAGAAAACUGUUUGUUUUUUUUUUUUUUUGGUAAGAAUAUUUGUAAAAAUUUUAAAAAAUAAUUUGUAUUAAUUUUUGUAAUGCACAAGCUUAAAAUGUUUCACUCACAAACCUACUGUACCUCACCACCAUGAUCAUUUCAUCACUUCUGAAAAGUCUGUAAAGUAGGCAGGGUACCUAUGCAGAAGAAUGUUGAAAUGUAUUUUCCUAAGGAAGGUGGAAUGAAGAAUGAAGAAUGUUGAUUACACCAACUAAAUUUGCAAAGAUAUUGUUUUACAAUGUAUUGUUGUGAAUGUGUAAAGACAAUCUACUGUGAUUUAUAGUAACAUGUUUUUCAUGUAAGAUAAUCAAUGAGAGAUUUUGUAUAUCUGUUGGUGUGUCUGUGUAUAUGGACACAUACAAUAUUGUGUGUGCAUGUGUGUACAUAUAUCAGUAUAUAAGAGAGAGAAAUCAAGAGCUUGUACACAUACAUAAAAAAAAAAAUUCAUGAUUGCAAGGGUACCUUGAUCUCUACCUGUGAUACGUUUUGAUCUGCCCUUUGGACUGUUUGUGCAUCAUUUGUUGACCGUUUGUUAACAGUGACCAUCACUAAAGAUAUUAAUGCUAUUCAGAAGAAUGCAAGGAUGAGUUCACAGUACAUGUAUUAGCCCGGUGUCUGCUUUACACCAAUUUUACAUGAACAGUUGUCGUUCUUUGUUCCCUGAUAGGGAAAAUAUUGCUUUUACUGCCUGUAACCACACCUAUUCUCCUUCAACAUCUUUAGUUCACUGUGAUUUUAGCUGACACCACAACCCCUUCUACAACCAGUGUGUAUGAUGGGACGAAAAUUGUGGGAGGGGGAAGGAGCGGAAGAGGCAACAUGCCAUACAUACUCUUGUAUCUUUGAGCUGCAAACCUUUUUCACAUAAUCUUACUGCCUUCAAAUUUUUCCUUUGGUUUGGUCUCCAUGUUUUUAGCGAUUACUUGUUAACAUGUCUUUCGCCUAAAGUUCCAUAUAUUGAGAUAUAUUGUUGUCAUUUGUUGAUGACAUACAUGGAUUGAUUGCAGUUGCUUCUGUGUAGUUGUAGUGUAUUUUUAUAUGUUGAGCAAUCGAUGGUGGUUGACAUACUAAAUCCAACAUAAUUAUGCAACAACAAAGGUCAUAUGUAUUGUAUAUGUAUAAUUACAUACAUAUAAUAAAAUGAUCUUCAUUGUCAUUA